GGGAAGGAGGGAGGAGGAAGAACGGAGCGAGAGGGGGAGGAGGACGGAGGAAGGAGGGAGGAGGAAGAAAGGAGGGAGGGAGGAAGAAUGGAAGGAGGGAGGAGAAAGAAGGGAAGGAAGGAGGAGGAAGAGGGAGCAAGAACACAAGAUCAAAGGGCUUGAACACAGCUUGCAGUAGUGUUGGUGAGGUCGAGGAAAGAUGAAGCAGCAGCGGCGGACGGUGGUCCUGUAUCCCUCCCCCGGCAUGGGCCACCUCAUCACCAUGGUGGAGCUCGGCAAGCUCAUCCACCUCCGCCUCCGCCUCCCCGUCACCGUCCUCAUCGCCUCCCCUCCCUUUAACCUCGGCGACUCCACCCCUUACAUCAAGGCCGUCGAGUCCUCUAAUCUCGGCGUCUCCUUCCACCAUCUUCCCCAGCCGCUCGAUUUCUCCAACCAACAUCACAAUGCCCAGCACCACGAGCUUCUCAUCUUCGAAUUCCUCAACACCUGUAACCCCCACGUCAAGGAUGCGUUGGAGCUCAUCUCCCAGUCUUCUACCAUCUUAGCAUUUGUCGUAGACUUCUUCUGCAUCUCCUCCAUGAGCGUCGCCGCCGGCAGCCUGGGCUUACCCGUGUACAUUUACUUCACUUCCUCUGCUGGAGUACUUGCGACGUUCUUGUACCUCAACGAGCUAGAUCACCAGACGGACCUCAGUUUCCGUAAUCUCAACGCAGAUCUGCACAUCCCCGGCAUCCCCCCAUUGCCUUCCCUGGAUAUGCCUCUUCCGAUGCUGGAUCGCGAAGAAACUUACUUUUGGUUUUUAGAGGUGUCGUCCCAGCUGAGCCGAGCCCAGGGGCUCAUAGUGAACACCUUUGAUGCACUAGAGCCACGGGCGCUCCAAGCAAUCUCAGACGGCCUGUGCGUGCCGAACGGACCCCCGUCCCACGUUCAUGCGAUCGGGCCUGUGAUCGCGUCCUGGAAGAAGGCGGACGGCGACGCGGAGUGCCUCAACUGGCUCGACUCCCAGCCGGACCGCAGCGUGGUGUUCCUGUGCUUCGGGAGCCUCGGCCGGUUUUCCAUGGAUCAGCUCAGGGAGAUCGCGGAUGGGCUGGAGCGGAGCGGCCAGCGGUUCCUUUGGGUGGUUCGAAGCCCAGGUAGUGGGUCAGGACCAGCUCUCGUUUCUUCGGAUGCGGACCCUCAAGCGCUGCUGCCGCAAGGGUUUUUGGAGCGGACUCGGGACAGAGGGCUGGUGGUCAAGUCGUGGGCGCCGCAGACGAGGGUGCUGAGCCACGGUGCGGUUGGCGGGUUCAUGACGCAUUGCGGAUGGAACUCGGUGCUGGAGUGCGUUUGUGCAGGCGUGCCCAUGGUCGCCUGGCCGCUAUACGCAGAGCAACGCAUCAACCGCGCUUUGCUGGUAAAGGAGCUGUGUCUGGCCGUUGCCAUUCAGGAGGGUCCCGACGGUCUGGUGGGCGCAGCCGAGGUAGAGAGAUGUGUCCGUCUGCUGAUGGGAUCGGAGGAAGGGGCUAGACUGAGGGAGCGAGCAGAGGCGGCCAGGGAUGCAGCAGCCGCAGCAGUCAAAGAAGGUGGAUCUUCGUGGGCGAGCCUGGCGAGGUUGGGUGAUGAGUGGGAGAGCAGGGUAGCCACAGACAAUGUGUGCGCCUAGUUACGUGCUUAGGGAAUUCAGGAAUCCAAUUGAUGUGGGUCUCACAUUUUUGUUUGGUAUUGGACUCAGCGUGUGCUUUCAUGAAUUCAUUCGCUAAAAAUCGUGCUCCACCCAA